CUUUUGUUUCCCUCUCCUACCUAGUCCCAUUUUUGAAAGUUCCAACUUUCUCAGAAUGCAUCACCUCAUACUGCUCGCUUUACUAUCUUUCCUGGCCAUUGCCCCGGCCCAGAAAAUUUUCAUCAACAAAGUACCAGCCUAUUCCUCCCUUCCUUCAUGUGCUGUUCAGCCCUUGUCGACCAUCGUGCGCAACAUGGAACAGGGCUGUGGUGAUGGCGGGAAGACGACGUCAUUCAGCUGCUUUUGCACAGCGUCGUCGUCGAAGAUGGAAAGCAAAAUUAGCCAAGCGGUUGAGAAAAAAUGUGGCAGCCAGACAGUAACUGGGGGAGUGGAAAAGGCACUGGGUGUGUUUGCGAGCUACUGCGCGAUGGGGAAUGGGACGAUGAGUUCCGUCCCAGCGUCAACAACAGCAAACGCAACGGUUUUGACAGCGACGGUAACAGGCUCGGAAAAUGCGACCAUCUCGCUGUCGAUAUCAAAUGCUGUACCUACCCCCACGUCUGCUCCUGUGGGACCUGCUCCUACGGUGACUGUAGCUGCGCCGUCGAGUACGGGGGGUGCUGGGUUCUUGAAGGGAGGGAUAGAGGCGAGGAUAGCUGCUGCUUUAGCACUUUUGGUAGGUCUUAUGGGGGCUCUGGUAUAA